UUAAGAUACAGAAAGAUUAGCCCUUGUGGUUUCAUUGAAACAAUGAUCGAACAAUAUGCGUGAUGAAGAAAAUGAUAAGAUUUCAAUAAGGACACUUAUUGCUCCGAUGUGGAAACGUUACACGUGGUAGCAUUUGAGCCUUUGCUUUUUGUUCAAUUCUUCUGUGGAGCAUGGUCGGUUGAAUUCCGGCAUCUUCCUUUCUCAUAUGCUUCAACUUUCAUCAAUAAGUUUAUUCUCUGGCUAUAGCUGCAAUUAAAUUCAAAAUUUCAACCCUUGAAUUACAUAUAUACCAAAUUCUAAAGAGGAGCUAGCUUUCAGACUGUGGUGUAGAAUCAAUACAGUUCUACACCAGAUACCAAAAGAAAGCAUCAAAAUUUUGUCAUUGGUGUAAGUUCACACAGUUUCAAUUCUUAGAAAAGUAUAACCUACAAGAAUUCUAACCUUUCUACUCUUAAGAAUAUGUUAUUUUCUUCUUCCGUGCUUAACCAGAGAUCAAAGAAAAGCUAGUUCAACAAUAGGAUAUUGUGCCUUCUACCUUGUAUAUAUAAAGCUAUCUCAUAACAGCUGUUUUUUCAUAAUUUACAAAGGAAGCUAGCGUUUCUGCGCAGGUAUUGGUUUGCAGUUGAGAUAAAUACCCAAAAGAAAUGAACUUGAGAGCUAGUCGUUGACAGAUCCAACAUCAACUUCUCUGAUUCGCAAGAAAUUGACUGUAUAGGCUUUGUUCAUCAGUGGCCUUCUCUUUUUCCCACUACUUGUGAUACUUCAGGAAGAAACUUUUGAGGCAAAGCCGGUCUGAAAAUUAGGUAAAGAUAUAUAUGAGAUAUCUGCUAGUUCAGCUGCAUGUGCACCAAUAAUGAGAGACAUAAGAUGAUAUCAAGUUCAAAAGAUCAAGCGGAUUCUUCCACAAAACCAGAAGAAAAUAAUGCGAGUGAUGGCAAGAUGAUUAAGGCUUCAUCUAGUACAACUUCAUCACCAUGGUUAAGGUUGAAGGAUCCGAGAAUUGUGCGCGUCUCGCGUGCUUUUGGUGGUAAAGACAGACAUAGCAAAGUUUGUACCAUAAGAGGAUUGAGAGAUAGGCGAGUGAGGCUUUCUGUACCCACUGCUAUUCAGUUGUACGAUCUUCAAGAUAGACUUGGACUUAAUCAGCCAAGCAAAGUUGUUGACUGGUUGCUUAACGCGGCGAAGCACGAAAUUGAUGAACUCCCUCCUCUUCCAGUUCAACCAGGGAGUUUGGGUCUAACCCAUCAGCAAGAUAUGUCUUCUCAUGAAGUUGGUACUUCUCAACCUAACAGAGAAGGGUUUAGGAUCAACAGCAGUAUCAAUUGGGAAGAUGGAGAUGAAGGGUUACCCAGAUCAAAUACUAUUUGGGGUUCUAAUGCCCUUUGGAGGGCUAAGUCCAAAGAAACUGCAAGGGAAGCAGCAAUAAAUGAGAAAGAAAAUUGGACAAAAGGAAGUCAUGAAGAGAAGCAAGGUGUUAAUGAAGGGCAAGGAGCAGAAGUUUCAUCAAUCAAUUUCCUACCUAGACCCAACAAUUCUUCCUUACCAGGAAGUCAUCAUGGAUUUACAUCCCAAACAGAAGAUCUUCACAACUUCAAUGUUGUACCAUUGCCAUCCACAUUGUCUCUAUCAUCCGUCUCUCAGAUUUUGGUAUGUCCACCACCUGGAACAACACAACCACUAUUCCCUUCACAUGUUGAGAUUGAUCCGCGACAAAUCAACCAGUUUCAAAUGUUGAACUCCAGUAGUUCACACAACCUCUUUUCCAAUUCUCCUUCCCCACCUUUACAAUCCAUAAACCAGUCCAUGAGACCCUUCCAUUUUAGUAUGACUCCUAUGGUUCUUCCUUCUCACAGCAACAGCAGUAGCCAGUCGGAAAAGGACCAAGAGUUUCCUUCUAAAUAAUUAACAUGAAAGCAGUACAGGAAUCGAAGGAAAAGGAAAUAAAUCCCUCCUUUCAAGAAACAAACAUGGUUCAAAGUUUUUUAUUAAGAGAGGAAUAGGUACUGAUCUUUAAAUGAGCUUAUUACAAGUUGACUUGUCCCACUUCUCGGAAGAGAUCAUAAAUA